AUGACUGAUAUUAAUUUCAUGCCUAUUGAACAGGCAAUUGAACAUUUCAAGAAGAAUAAAUUCUUGAUUGUAAUGGAUGAUGAGAGCCGUGAGAAUGAAGGUGAUUUAAUCUGUGCUGCUGCCAAUGUGACUACAGAAGAUAUGGCUUUUUUAGUGCGUCAUUCUUCUGGUUAUGUUUGCGCACCAAUGUCUAAUGAAGUGGCCGACAGGCUUGAUCUUCCCCUUUUGAGAACCAGUGUGAAAUGUAAGUCAAAUGCCGACGAUAGACAUGGUACUGCAUACACUAUUACGGUCGAUGUGGCCGAAGGAACAACAACGGGUAUAUCAGCACAUGACAGAGCUCUGACGUGUAAGAAGUUGUCUACUGUUGACGCUAAGGCCACAGAUUUCCUAAAACCUGGUCAUAUCUGUCCUUUGAGAGCGGCCGAUGGUGGUGUUUUGGUUAGACGUGGUCAUACUGAGGCAGCUGUUGAUCUAAGUAGAAUAAGUGGGCUACCACCAGUGGGUGUCAUUUGUGAGUUAGUCAACGACCAAGACGGAUCUAUGAUGAGAUUGGACGAUUGUGCUAAAUUCGGUAAGGAGCACAAUGUUCCGUUAAUCACUAUUGAACAGCUUGUCGAAUACUUAGAGAAAAAGCAGUAG